UGAGUGGAGGCCAGUGGAGGGAUUGGCAGAGAGGGGUGGAGGACACUGAGUGGAGGCCAGUGGAGGGAUUGGCAGAGAGGGGUGGAGGACACUGAAUGGAGGCCAGUGGAGGGAUUGGCAGAGGGGGGUGGAGGCCAGUGGAGGGAUUGGCAGAGGGGGGUGGAGGCCAGUGGAGGGAUUGGCAGAGGGGGGUGGAGGCCAGUGGAGGGAUUGGCAGAGGGGGGUGGCGGAGAUGGAGCGGUUGGAAAGGAUGGACUGAAGCGGGGAUAGCCAGCGGUGAGGCAGGCCAGUGAGGAGGGAGUUGCAGUAGUCGAGUCGUGAUAUGAUGAGGGAGUGGAUGAGCUG